AUAUGUGUUAGAUUUGUCCUAAACCGUUGUCAGUGUUUGUCUCCAAUGUAGGACGUGGGAACGGAGACACUGAAAAGAGGUUUACAUGCACGACAACACGCUCACCUUCAUUCUUGACCAACCCUGUCACUGAUGGACAAGAUAUAAAAAGUCACACUCGGACUGGAUGUUAUUUCUCCAGGGCUGGCAGGGCGGGGUGAUUUUAAAGUAACAUCCAGAGCAUGUAGUGUAAUUAUGUGUAAUGUUAAAUGCAACCUGUUGCCAAAUAAUGACAGAGCAUUGACCCUGGGUCCUCAAAUUAGUGUUACGUCAUUUAAAUUUUAAAUUAAGUUUGUCUUUGUUUUGUUUGAUUGUUUUCCCAAAGAAUUAAAAUAUGCUUUAAAAUACGUUAACUAAAAUGAUUAAUUAAAAAAAAAAAAACUCUUAUUUUACAGCACACAACAUUAAUGAUAUACUGACUCUUACCCAUGAAACCUUUGCAAUCAUGUUAGCUAGCCAAUGCUAAAUAACUCUGCAGCACAUGUCCAUAACGACAAGGCAAACUAGUCAGAUAACACUUACGUGCUAUUAAGACUGUACCAGUAAUUAUUACCUUAGUGUCUUAGUAUUGAAUGCACCAUUAAAAAGGUAUGUUAAUACAUGGUACUUUAGGCUGCCCUAACGUCAUUGUAGACCCAGUUUACUGUGCAACUCAGUUUUAUACCUUAUAUGUAGUAGGGGGUCCCUGCCCCGUCUUAAAUUCAGCUGAGAGGUCCUUGGUCUGGUACAUUUUUAAGACCCCUGGCCGAGAUUAUUCAUGUGUCACCAGCCUCACAACGCUGCCCACUGUUGAUCACUGUAUUUCAGGUAACUGUUCUCAUCUCAGAAAACCAGGAAGCAGUGGGCUGUACAGUCUGUGCAAAAGAGCAGGAAUCCUGAUAAACUACUUUGUCUUUAGCGGCUACUGAAGAGCAGUCUCUUAACAAGCCAAGUGGCAUUCUUCUGACAUACAUUGUGCUGCUCACAUCUGCUAGCACCUCAUGUCAGACAGCAACGGAUCAUAACAGAAUAAUAAGUUAACCUUUACACAAUUUGUUUUUCUUUUUGUUUUGCUCUUGACUGAAAACAGAUUCAGCAAGAUGAAGGGGACUCAAACUUUGUAUCUGCUUUAUAUCUCAGGAUUUUGCUCCUUCGCACUGGGAUCUUCAGAUUUUCACCUUAUAAACGUGUCUAAGACCUACGCAGAAGCAAAGGCCUACUGUAGAGAGAUGUACACAGACUUAGCUACGAUUCAUAACUCAACAGAUAUGAAUAAUUUGAUCAGUUUAGUUUCAAAUGACGUUAUCAGAGCCUGGAUAGGACUGGAGGCUGGAGAUGUGUGGAUGUGGCAUUGGUCCUGGCCUGAUCAAAAACUGGAUUAUUUUAACUGGAAGAAGGGAGAACCAAAAACAAAUAAUAAAGACGCCUGUGCAGAAAUGGAUCAACACGGCGAGUGGAUUGAAAGUGACUGUAGAACUGGAAAAAGUUUUGUUUGUCAUGGCAACAGUGAUGACAGCGCUCUCAAAUUUGUUGCUGAGGCCAAAUCAUGGAGGGAUGCUCAGAAUCACUGCAGGAGCUUGUCGUCUGAUCUCAUCAGCAUACACUCAGCGGAGGAGAAUGUGGCAGUACGUAAUGUGUCUUUGUCACAAAAUGUGUGGAUUGGCCUCUUCAAAGAUUCCUGGAAGUGGUCUGAUGGGAGCAAUUCAUCAUUCCGGUUCUGGAAACCCUAUAAACCAAGUAACUUACAAGAUCAGGACUGUGUUCUUGCUGCGUUCAGAGACGGAGGGAAGUGGAAUGACCGGAAAUGCAGCAUCACACCCAAAUUUGUUUGUCGUGGGGCAAGGAAAUCAAUUCCAACAACCACCAAUCAAACAAGCACAAGUACCCUUCCGAUCACUUCAGAGGUCACGACAACAUUACAUCUGACUGUGGCUACUGAGAAUCAAACCCCGGCUAUUAAUGUCACCAUGGAAGAAACAACAUCUACCGGUGGACUGACAACACCAAAUACCACAGAUCUUGUGUCAAAUAUGUCAAGCACUGAGCUCAACAAUGCAACAACAGAAAUGUCAACUAUGACAGCAACACAGCAACCUUCCGCAACUAUUGCACGAGUUACUACAGACGGUGUCUCUACAUUAACAACACUGAUGGGGACUUCGGCCUUGACUACUACACAGGCCUUGACCACUACACAGGCCUCGACCACUACACAGGCUUCGACUCUAAAGCCCACUGAAAACAGUCAAAGCUUGUCUACAGGAAACCUGAUAUUAAUCCAGGAAAAUAUGACAUGGAUUGAAGCUCUGGGUUACUGCAGGGAGCACCAUACUGACCUUGUCCACAUUACCGCUGAGGACAUUCAGGGGAAGGUGGCUGAAAAGGCAAAAAACGCCACAUCCCCCCAUGUUUGGUUAGGUCUACGCUACACUUGUAAAUUUAACUUUUGGUUCUGGACUGAGUCAACCGCUGGCUGUUACCAGAACUGGGCCCCGGGACAAGGAUCUGAGGGGGAAUAUGACUGUGGUGUUACAGGUGCUAUUGAGGCCACUGGGAGGCAGCAGUGGGUCGGCUUGCCUGAGACAGAGAAACUGAAUUUCAUCUGCUACACAUGUGCUGGAUGAGUGUGGAGGGCCAGACCACAGUGUUGUUGCUGCAGCUCUCAUAAAGCUGUAUGGACAAACUACACAUUUGUUCUGGUUAUGCAAACUUUGCUGUUUCAAAAUGAUAUAUAUUUUUUUGCAAUUGUGGAUUCAACAUUAAAUACAAUGUUUUUCACAAUUUAACAGAGAUAUCAUGGUUAUUUUAAUGCUCACUUAUGACGUCAUACUUCUACCUUUGUUAAAAUACAGCUGCCUUCUCUAUUGUUGAGAGUGAAUUUCAUUAGAUAUGAAAACCUCAUGUGGUGUGUAGGCGUGCACAUUCACAGUCAUGGGCAGCAAGAGUAAUGUGAGAACAUUGAUCUGCUCUAUGUCUUUCACUCAGGGGUUACUAUUUGCAUGUUGACCCCCUGGGUUGGGCCCCAACAUUGUCUUUUUCAGACCACCAGAGUGUGGCCCCAAUCCAGACUGCUUGCUGCCCUCGCUGACCUGACCUUCACUAUCAGCCACAUGGAAGACAGAGCUCGCAGACGCUCACCUUCCUGUCUGCACCCUUGAAGUACACGGACCAUCUACAACCAUGGGAAAUGAUACAACAUAUGAAUCUUAAAAUGCAUCUGUGUAUUUAUAUUUCUUUUUUUUGUUCACUUUUCUCAACACAAAACAAACUUAUUUGAAAUGUGAAAUGAAUGACUCCAGAAACAUGUCUGACCGGGCUUUAACUGUCAUUUAGUACAUGUUAAAGGAAUACGUCACCCACAAAAUGACCAUUUGUAUAUCAGUUAGUCAUGCUAUGUCUCCAUGUAAAAUGGCAUGGCAACAUAUUAUUUUUUUAAUUGAUUGGGGACUACAAAACAUCCAUUUACAAAAUCUCACACAACUUGUGCAGUAUAAUCCAAGUCUCACAUGUCCAGUCGUAUGCUCAGCACUUCCAAACAUAUGCAUUUUUGCUAAAACCUCGCUACUUAACAAAUAACUGAAAGAGACUUAUCUAAGCUUUCUUCAAAUCCAGACUUAAAUACUAAGGUUUUUGGAGAAAAUGCACGUGUAUGGGAAGUACUGAGGGUACAACAGGAUAAAUGAGACUUGGAUUAUUCUGCACGAGUUGUGUGAGAGUUUGUAAAUGGAUGUUUUCUUAUAGUUUUGCUGUUGUCAAACAUGGUCCCCCAUCAAUCAAUAAAUCAAUAUGUUCGCUGUUUUCUGUGAAGGCACGAGAGUAAAGCAAAAUUUUCUUCACAAAUUCAAGGUAACCCAGCAUGACUAAUAUACAAAUGGUCAUUUUGUCCCUUUAAAGUCUACGAUCCUUGAUGAGGGAAAAGAAGAAACUGUGUAAAGGCCGAUACAACACAGGAAAUAAGCUGUGUUCAGUUAAAAUUAUUGGAAUACAAAUGGUGAUAACUGGUGCAUACGGUCCUUUAACCACAAACUGAUAUUAAAGUUACAUCUCAAUAUGCCUACAGGCCUCUUUUUGGAAAGAUUUAACUUUGAUAACAUUUUCAAUAUUAUCCAGUAUUAAUACUUAUAAUCAUCAGUAUACGAGUAUGUUUGCAUCAUUUAGUUCAAUAACCCCAUAUAACCACUAUAUACCACGACAUACAGCUUGUAAUCCACCGCUGCAUUUUGAUAUCUGCUUUUGCAUCCACAAUGAGCGUCUUGUCACUUGUCAAUUACCACGGACCAUUACACAUGAGUGUGUCAUAGCUUAGUUACUCCCUGAAUAGGCAUUGGUCAGUGAGCCUCCCAUCAGUUCAAUG